GACAUCGCCGCCGAGGCGGCCGCAGGCGGGGAGCUGGACCCCAUGCAGGCGGCCGAGCAGCAGCUGAAGGAGGCGGAGGAGAGGAAGCGGGCCGGAGGCGCCAUGGGCACCGAGCCGGCGAGCAAGCGGCAGCGCACCGCGGACGCCGUGACGGCGCGGAAGGAGCUGCUCAGCGAGUUCCAGCCUGCGGAGAGCUUCCUGGGCAAGCGCAAGGGCAUGAUCUUCAAGCUCGGCGUCAAGGGCCUGGGCUACUACGAGGACUCCUCGAUCCAGGAGCUCGAGGCGCGAGCCAGGCGCGCGGCGCAGGAGGAGCGCGAGGUCGUGGCCGAAGAGCGCAGAGCCGCGGCGCCGAACCCGGAGGAGAUCGACCUCCAGCUGGACGACGACGAGGACGAGCCGGAGCCCGCCCCCCAGCCGACGAACCCCGAGGAGAUCGAGAUCAACUUCGAGGAUAUCGAAGAGGCUCCAGUCCCAGCGCAGGUCUUCGGCGGGAGCCUGUCGGGCAUCCGGGAGCAGGCCAUCGCAGAGGCGCCCGAGGUGGAGGAGCCUCCGCUGGCGGAGCCGGCCGCGCAGGCCGAGCCGGGCGGCAGCCGGGCGCGCGGUGCGCUGGCGCGCUUCGCGAAGGGCGGCAAGGGCAAGGGCAGGGGCGUGCAGGGAGAGCACGGGCGCGCCACCGGCUACAACCCGCAGUGCUGA